UCAAGUUAUCGAUGGGUUAUUAUAUCGAUACGGUAUCUCAGUACACAGAAAAUUAUUUUUUGCUGAAAAAACGCACAAAACGCGCUUUGUUAACGCAAUAAGAACGAAAACGACCCAAACCGCGACUCCUGGACAGCUCGCUAGCUAUUAAACUAGUUCAGAUUGCAGGCCGAGUCGCCGUUUUAAGGAGCCGACGAAGAGCCACAGCGUCGACAGCAGCAGCAGCAGCAACAGACCCAGCCCUCGCCCAACGGCAACAACAACACCACCACCACCCUAACCAAGACAACAACACCAACUACAACAGCCGCACAAUCACACAAAGCAGCAACAGCAGCAGCAGCAGCAAACGCAACAAAUAUGCAGGCGAUUAAGUGUGUCGUCGUGGGUGACGGUGCUGUGGGUAAGACGUGCCUGCUCAUCAGCUACACGACAAAUGCGUUUCCCGGCGAAUACAUACCCACCGUAUUUGACAACUACUCCGCGAAUGUGAUGGUCGAUGCGAAGCCCAUCAAUUUGGGGCUGUGGGAUACGGCCGGUCAGGAGGAUUAUGAUCGUUUGCGUCCAUUAUCGUAUCCACAGACCGAUGUCUUUCUCAUUUGCUUCUCUCUGGUCAAUCCGGCCUCGUUUGAGAACGUGCGAGCCAAAUGGUAUCCGGAGGUGCGCCAUCAUUGCCCCAGCACGCCCAUCAUUUUGGUGGGCACCAAGCUGGAUUUGCGCGACGAUAAGAAUACGAUUGAGAAGCUGCGCGACAAGAAACUGGCGCCGAUCACAUACCCACAGGGUCUGGCCAUGGCCAAGGAGAUUGGGGCUGUUAAAUAUUUGGAGUGCUCGGCGCUAACGCAAAAGGGCCUAAAGACCGUCUUCGAUGAGGCUAUUAGAUCGGUGCUCUGUCCCGUUCUGCAGCCCAAAUCCAAGCGCAAAUGCGCUCUGCUCUAAUUUUAAGAUGCACAAACACACACACACACACACACAAUACACUCACACACACAAACACGCAACAAGAACACCCACGAAGCAUUGUAUUUGUAUUUGUCGUCAAGUCUAUUUAAUAACGUAAUAUUAUUAACUAAAUAACAAUUAUGUAACAUAAGCAGCAGCAACUAGCGAGUUGAUUUGAGAGGAGUCCAGGAUCCGGCAUACUCCGGACCUGGUCAGCCUGCCACACGAUGUAUUUUCUGCUUUGUUGAAACUUGCCCACUCAAAAAACGGAGGGGAAAACCGAAUUUUCUACUAACUUUUCUUGUUCUGUUACACGUCCUUAAUUGUACAACUAAGUCGUUUCGUUUCGUGUGUUUUUUUGUUUGUUUAUGCUUUCGAUUUGAACUAAUUUCAAACAUGUGCAUUAAUUUGAACUAAAAGUUAAUUAAAAUUAAUGUUGUAAAACCAAAAAAAAAAACAAAAAACAAAAAAACUAAAUAGAGUGAAAAUUGUAUUGAAAAGAGAGCUGAGUAGACGCAACAGCAUAAAGAAAUGUUUGGCCUCUUAAAGUAGGUGAAAGUUGAAAGAUGAUGCAGUGCAGCAGCCAGUAAACGUUCCACUGCAAAAUGCAAGACAACAAAAACAAACAAACAAUUACAUUAUAAUGAAAACACACACAAACACACAUUGUAUUUAGAUGUUGAUUGAAACUGUUGCCAAGUAUCAAAGGAAGCUAGGUAAAGGCAAAGAAUUAGGCAGAAUUGCAGCUAAACAAAUACAUAAACGUAUAUUAAAUAAAAAUAAAGAACAGAUUCAUGUAUGAGAUGCGCUUCCUAAUGGCAUCAACCAGCAACAGAUUUCCAUAUUGUGGAAACUAAAUGAAAAUUAAGAACGUUUUUAAUUGCUAAAA